GCCCUUGCGGUGACGGAGGGAGAAGACGUAAUGGAGUGAACGGCUGUUCUCCGGUGAUGGUCAGUCUGUCAGUGUGUCUGGCUGGACCGCGCAACCCCGAGCUGCUGCUAUGAAGUAGCCCUUCCUGCAAUGGCUUCUGGGAAGGGGCAGGGGAAUCCAAGCCAUGAGGAAAACUGCAGCCUCUAGCGGGAAUGCAACUGUCCUCGGAUUCAAGCUCAUCCCUCAGCCGCCGGGGCCUCCUCCAUGUGGGCUUCCUGCUGCGGUCUGCUCCACGAGGUGAUGGGCACUGGAGCAGUGCGCGGCCAGCAGCCGGCCUUUGGAGCUGCCGCCGGCCCCUUCCGCUUUGCCCCCAGCGCCGGCUACUCCAGCUACCCAUCCAGCGGCUCUGCAAGCCCCAGUCUGGUGUGCAAGGCCUGCGGCCAGGCCUUCUCCGUCUUCAGGAGGAAGCACAUCUGCUGCGACUGCAAGAAGAGCUUCUGCGCCCUAUGCUCAGUGCCACAAGACAGCCUGCGUCGCUGCACCACCUGCCAGCUGCUGCGGGGCACAGCCUUUCAACGGCCACAACUUAUGCGCCUGCGCGUCAAGGACCUGAGGCAGUACCUGAUUCUGCGCAACGUUCCCACAGACACUUGCCGUGAGAAGGAAGACCUGGUGGAGCUGGUGCUGUGCCACCGGGGAGUGUCUCACAGCCAGGAGGGAGAGAAUGAAGGGGAGGAAGAGGAGGAGGGGAACUCAGGUGGGAUGCGCUCACGCCCGUGUUCCUUAUAUAGCCCGUCAACCACCACACACUCCACUUCUCAGGGAGAAUGCUCAGGCACCGCCCACCAGUCCGGGACCACCCACCAAUCUGGAACCACCUGCCCAACUGGGAUGGCCCACCAGUCUGGGACAUCCCAUCCAACUGGGACAGCCCACCAGACUGGGACGACAGCCCACCAGUCAGGGACCACCCACCCAACUGGGACGGCCCACCAGACCGGGACUACUCACCCAACUGGGACAGCCCACCAGACCGGGACCAUCCAGCCAACUGUGACAGCUCACCAGACUGGGAUCACCCGCCCAACUGGUAAUGCCCACCAUGCAGAGAAUGUCCACCAGCCAGCGACAGCUCACCAGGUAUGGAUGGCCCACCAAACAGGGACAGACCAUCAGGCAGGAAACACCCACUCAAUCAAGACGACCCAUCAGUCAGGAACAGCCUACCCUACAGGAAAUGCCCAACCAACAGAUACAGUCCAUCAGGCAUGGAUGUCCCACCCAACAAUCAACUUCCACCAGGCAAAGACAGCCCACCCACCAGGGAACGCCCACCAGACAAGGACGGCUCACCCACCAGGGAACGCCCACCUGACCAGGACAGCCCACCCAACAGGAAACGCCCACCAGACAGGGACAGCCUGCUCACCAGGAAACACUCAUCAGACAAGGACGGCCCACCCACCAGGUAACGCCCACCAGACAAGGACGGCUCAUUCACCAGGGAACGCCCACCAGACAAGGACAGCCCACCCAACAGGAAACGCCCACCAGUCAGGGACAGCCUGCUCACCAGGGAACACUCAUCAGACAAGGGUGGGCCACCCAACAGGGAACGCCCACCAGACAAGGACGUCCCACCCAACAGGGAAUGCUCACCAGACAAAGACGUCCCACCAAGCAGGGAAUGCUCAGCAGGCAGGGAUGGGCCACCAGGCAGGGAAUGCUCACCAGACAAGGACGGCCUACCAGACAAGGACGUCCCAAUCAACAGGGAAUGCUCACCAGACAAAGGCGUCCCACCAGGCAGGGAAUGCUCACCAGGCAGGGAUGGGCCACCAGGCAGGGACAGCUUAUCCAACUGGAAAACCUCACCCAACAGAGAAAGCCUGCCAGGCAGUGAAUUCCCAUAUGACAACAAACUCAACAGGGAAUGCCCAGGUAGUAGGGAUGGCAAACCCGAUAGGGAAUGCCCACCAGGAAGGAAACACCCAACAAGCAGGAACAAGUCACCACAUAGGAACCUCCCACCAAGUAGGAAGUGACCACCACACAGUGACCACCCACCAAGAAGGAACAGCCAAUCAGGAUCUAGAAGAUGUGGCUUCUCUGUCCCUCUUGAACUUGGAAUCCAGUGAAGACACACAGGCCAGCCCCACGGCGCAGAAGCGUGCUCGUGCAUCGCUCUCAGACCUCUCCAGCCUGGAUGAGGUGGAGGGCCUGUCUGUGCGGCAGCUCAAGGAGAUACUGGCCCGCAACUUCGUCAGCUACUCGGGCUGCUGUGAAAAGUGGGAGCUGGUGGAGCGCGUGGGACGCCUGUACCGCGAGAACGAGCAGAAUCGCAAGUCCCUAGAAAAUGUUAAUAGCAGUCUAACUGCAGUGGUUGCGUACCCCCAGCCCAUCUGCAAUGGUGGAAUCGGAGGCACCGAACAACAGCAGCAACAGCAGCAGCAGCAGCAGCUAGCCGCCCAGGACGACAGCCUGUGCAGGAUCUGCAUGGAUGCCGUGAUCGACUGCGUGCUGCUGGAGUGUGGUCAUAUGGUCACCUGUACCAAGUGUGGCAAGCGCAUGAGCGAGUGUCCCAUCUGUCGACAGUACGUGGUGCGGGCUGUGCACGUCUUCCGGUCCUAGUGGUGCCGCAAUCGCUACCAUCCUGGGGGGGAGGGGCUCCCACCUCGUGUGACACAGACGGUCAUGGGCCACAUUGUGAAACCGCGCCCUCCAUCCUAUCCCCCAUCUCACCACCCACCUCACCAAGGCCUGGUUGAUGGCUCAGCCGCACCGUGAUGCCAUCAGACCUUUCCUUCCUGGUGUCCUUUCCAGUUGGCUUGUUGGAGGUGACUUCUUCAAGAUGGUGAUGCCAUUACCUUCACUGUUCCUCUCGUGAACGUCUUUGACCUUUUGGGUGAUCUGAUGUGUGAUUAAAAGAUGGAAGCUGUAAAGCAGAAGCUCAGAGCCUCAGUGCUUUUUAUCCCCCAUGUCCCCCGGUUCUCCUGUUCUUCAAAUCCCCCCUGUUCUUCCUGUCCCACACGUCCCCCCUGUUCCUCCUGUUCUCCACGUCAGCCCUGUUCUUCCUGUCCCACACGUCCUCCUUGUUCCUCCUGUUCUCCAUGUCAGCCCUGUUCUUCCUGUCCCACACGUCCUCCUUGUUCCUCCUGUUCUCCACAUCCCCCGUUUCUCCUGUCCCCCAUUCCUCCUGUUCUCCACGUCAGCCCUGUUCUUCCUGUUCCACACGUUCCUCCUGUUCCCCGUGUCCCCCCUGUUCCUCCUGUUCUCCACGUCCUCCCUGUUCCUCCUGUCCCACAUGUCCUCCCUGUCUCACAGCUCCCUCCUGUCCUCCGUAACCCUCCAACUGUUCCAACCUUGCCUCGUUCAUCUGUCUGUCUGUCUGUCUAUCUAUCUAUGACAUCGACACCCUACACUUUCUGUGAAUGUUCUGGCAACGCUGUCUUUGUUGGACUCUAAAGUCCUCACCACCCACAGGAAGCUGUAUCGCUCAGCAGGUUAGGACUCUAUGCCUGUGAUUAGGCCGUCAUUGGCUCAAAUUCCAGGGUCGGCAGAGUGAAGGCGCCAUUGGGACCCUGAGUGAGGCCCUUAACCCCCAAAUGCUGCAGGGAUGAUUGACCCUGCUCUCCCACAUGUACGGCAGUGGCAUGGCUGUGGGGUACCUACACCAGGAGGUGCCGAACAUGGCGUGUUUGACAGUGUGAGGUUAGUGCCCUCGGUCAUUACUGCUGGCAAUCAGUGUUGCAGCCCGUUCUGGCCCUGUGGGCGGAGCCACGCUGCUUUACACGUUACAGGAGUCUCAGUAAACACUGUCCCAUAUGAUGAAAGAAAAGCGAAACGCAGAUCCAGUUAUUCUAAAUGCAAUUGUCCUAGCAGCAAUAUUCCACAUUUUACCUCUAUGUUUUUGUUCAUUGUCAUGUUCUGCAUCAAAUUAAAAAUGUAAUAAUAAUUAAAAAAAAACAGGUGCUAUAUGAAUCUAUCCAGCAUCACCUCUUUAAUAUGUGUAUCUUUGGAAUGUGUAGCUGGUUUGUCACUGAUCAGCAUUUCGGUUUAACCUUCUGACAUUUGUCUGCAAAUCACUCACGCUGAGCUGCACCCAGGAGCACUGAAUUGCUGUACAGCUGCAUAUAAUAUAUCAUUAACAUGUACAUAUCUAUAUAUAUUUUUCCAUUUGCUUUGAAUGUUUAAUAUCUGAUUUUUGAUGAUGUCCUUCAGAUUGACUGACACUGAGUAAAAUUGUACUAUUCCCUGCUUCA